CUAAUUUUGGGAGUAGGUUUGUUUCACUUUGGAAGUUCAGUAUGUAUCUGAGUGGACUCCUGCUGCUCUUUCUGCUUCCUGAUUGGACAGAAAGUGCUGGUGUUGAGACUGUGGACAUCACUACUCUAGCCCGUAUUAUUGAUUUCUUCGAGCAAAACUAUAAGAGAGUCGAUGGAGAUCAACAUCCUCGUCAGUAUGCUACAGCUAUCAACGUGCCAAAGCAUCAGUGUCAGCAGAACUUCAUUCCUUCACAGAACAACUUCCUGACUCAAGAGGAUGCGGUGAACGUGAGAAAUGCUCUUAAUGAUGAAACAAAGGCACUUUACCAAGGUGCAGAACUCAUCGCUGCAGGAACCAAAAAGGUUGUGAUUAAAAAGAAGAAUUACAACAUUCAUUCAGAGUCUCUUCUGCUGAAUCCUGCUGACAACUCAGCCAUGAUCAAACUAUUAAAUAAAAGAAAAGACGGCUGCUCUGUUUUCUACACAUUUGAAUCUCCCUGUGUUGACUCGUGUCUGAAUGCGUCAAGGGACCACAACAUUUUAAAGGGCCUGGAGAACUGGAAAAAACACAGAGGAAUUAAAGCUUUUGUUUUCAAGAAUAUCUGGAAGCGUGACCUUGAAAAAAAUCUUUCGACUAUAUUUAAGCAGAUCGUUGCUCAUGUUCCUCUCUACCGCUGUGUGAGUGAGAAUCAGUGUUUUUCUUGUAAAGGUGAAGGAAACACCCCCAUAGACGCACACUGUCUGCCUCCAAAAAAGAUCAGAGAUGAACUGUAA